AUGGCGCCCCGCCGUCGUCGUGGUGCCGGCCAAGAUGGCAGCGACGAUGGCCGUUCUGACUCGGAUGCUCCCAAGAACCGCCCGCCCAACACAGCCUUCCGCCAACAGCGCAUGCGCGCCUGGCAAUGCGUGCUGACACCUAAGUUGAUUGUCACCGUCUUCUCCAUCCUCGCCGCUAUCUACCUUGGCUUUGGUGCUUGGUUGACCUAUCUUGCCCAUACCGUGCGAGACUUGAAAAUUGACUACACUGAUUGCUUGACAUCAGCCCCAAAGGAUGAUUUUGAGACAAUACCACAAAAUCACAUCACAGCACACUUCUCAGCAAAGGAUAGCACCUUCGAUCCGUACAAAGCACAAUGGAAAACAACAGAGCGGGAGGUCCAAGUCGCCAACUAUACAGACAAUCGGCAGUUCUGCAUUGUGCGCUUCAACAUUCCCGAGGACUUGCAGCCGACAAUCAGCUUCUUCUACUACCUAGAGAACUUCUAUCAGAAUCAUCGUCGUUACGUUAAUUCAUUCAAUGCCAAGCAGCUUCUGGGCGACGCUGUUGAUGGCAAGACAAUCAAUGACUCGACUUGUGAUCCCAUCACCCACGACCCCAAAGGCACAGGCAAGAUUGUGUACCCCUGUGGUCUCGUGGCCAACUCCAUCUUCAAUGACACUUUCAGCAGCCCCUUGGCUCUCGCGGUGCGCAACUCGAGCGAUUCAAGCCGGCCUUACAACAUGACAACCAAGGGCAUUGCCUGGCCCGGACUCAAGGACCUAUACGGCAAGACCAGCUACAGCCUGGACCAGAUCGUGCCUCCACCUAACUGGGAGAGGCGCUAUAAGUAUGGUUACCAGGAGAACAACCCGCCGCCGGAUCUCAAGACAGACGAGCUCUUCCAGAACUGGAUGAUGCUUGCUGCUGCACCCAACUUUUACAAGCUUUAUCAGAAGAACGACACACAUCCGAUGCUUGCCGGCCAGUAUGAAAUUGAAAUCGAGUCCAACUUUGACGUCACUGUAUACAAGGGCCGCAAGGCUUUUGUUAUCACCACCCUCUCGACUAUGGGCUCGCGUAAUAUUUGGCCAGGCAUCAUUUUCCUGAUCGUUGGUGGCAUUUGCUUGGUUCUGGAUAUUUACUUCAUUCUCUCCUUCUUCAUCUGGAGACCUCGCAAGUUGGGUGAUCCGUCCUACCUGUCCUGGAACCAGCCGUCGGCUCCAGGAGGGCACUCGUCAUGA